AUGGAUGGCAGCACUAAUUCUCUCCUCCUCACCGUUGAGUAUAAGCCGCCGCAUAAACUCUCCGUGGAGACCCUCCGGACAGGAUUACGAUCGAUGGAAAUGUGGGAAGAGAUGGUCAAUUGCAACACGGUGCCUACGGACCCUGUGGAAAAACUUAGAUACAAUGCGAAGCGGCUGGUUGACUCAGCCAUAGUCCAAACAUAUGAUGUUAUGAUUGAAGAAGGUCGUGCUGACGCUAUUUUGACAAACGGACUUGCUCGCGUCCUCCUCCAUGUGCCAUAUGAUGAUCCGGCUACGUUGUUGUAUCACUUUUGUGAACCCCACACCGAGAUCGACGAAGAAGAUCUGCAGAAUCUACGGCACCCGAAUACUUCCAUCGCCAGGGUCUUCGACCAUACUCGCUCUUUGAUUCCCGACGAAGAGCUGCGGAAGACUCCUCCGUAUUCUGAAAGCAACUUCCCAACAUCGUUCGCAGUCACCGGGCUCAUCCGGCUCCGAUUCAAACCAAACAACACGGCACAAACGUGGCUUCAGCCAAGUCACAUCUUCCCCGUCUACCCAACGAGCAGCUCGUCAACGCAAGCCUGCGAUGUUUACUUGGGGCUGAAGUCCGGCGGUGCUCUUGACGAUCGUUGCCCAAAUGUGAUGCUCCACCGUCGAAGUAAGGACGAUAUCCAACAUCGGAUUACUUCGGAAGAUUUAGUGCGUUUAUUCAAGGCACAAUUAGACGAAAACAUCGACCGAUGUACACCCCUUAGAGGCUGCGGGGCGUAUGGUGCGCCAUUCAAGCUUACUUGUAUCCAAUAUGGCUUUACUGUUGUCGGCAAAGGAACCACAUCCGCUCUGUGGAAGGAAGUCUCCCGCGAAGCAGAGGUAUACCGAAUUCUGCAGAGGGCGCAAGGGUCCGCUGUGCCUGUUUUCUUGGGUUCGAUCGACUUAGCGAAAAUUUAUUUCCUUCACGGGGCUGGGGAGAUUCGCCACAUGCUCGUGAUGGCCUGGGGCGGAGAAAGUACAACAUCAAUGGAGCUAACGCCUAAGCUUCUACAGAGAAUUCACCGAUCAAACAGGAAAAUCAGAGCUUUGGGAAUCAUCCACGAAGACCUUCGACGUGACAAUGUCCUGUGGAAUGAAGAGCUUAGGCGAGCGCUAAUAAUCGACUUUCACCGCUCCACAUUGAAAUGUCGACCGACUUUGCAGCGGCCGCGAGCCUCAAAACGACAACUAGCCGGAGAAAGUUGA